GCGGUUGGAUGCACCGCACCAGAUCCGCGGUCUGAUUGUCCGUCGGCUGUCGCGCAACUUCAUCGCGAUAUCAAUUUAUCAGCAGGGCCCGCGCGUCAAUCCCCUCCAGCCAGCCAACAUCUUGCACGUGUCCGAAUCCAGGCCUAGACUCGAAGCCCAAAAUGGCGACCAAGAAGGACAUGCGCAGGCCAGACCUGAUUGUGCCGUACCAGGCGCCGGCUCCCAAGGCCGACGGCGCCGAUAUCCAGUCCACCCUUUCCUCGACACUGCCAAUGGCUGCUAUUUUCAUGAGGAACCGCUUCAUCGGAUGGGCUGCGGUUGUAUUCAGUCUACAGAGCUGGCUGGGCGAGAGCGAGGAGUCCAAGAACAAUUCAGCAACCCCCGGCUACUUUGGUGUUGGCAUGUCCCUCAUGUCCCUUGUUGUCUGCUAUCUGCCGAUGUUCCUUCCUCCCCAAGCCGGUGGCCUAAAUCGCGGAGCUACGGGAACUGAUGCCCCUCCCCCGGUCCCUCCGUCAUAGAAGCGUCGGGGCUUGUUAUGCUGGCUCUGUAUAAUUGCGAUCUUCUGCUAAUAUAGACGGGUAUUUGAACCCUCGUGAACCGGGGGAAUGGUUCGGCGAAGUAAUAGGUGGUACUGUACAUAUAACCUUGCUUUAGGUUUAAUGAAGAACGCAGAGCAA